UAAUAGCUAGCGUUACGUUAGGGGUUUACUGCUAGCUCACAUUAGCUAAUUGUGACAGUUUCUUCCCCUGCUGCGUACCAUAGCAAGGUUGUCAACAUGCUGCAGUGAGUGAUGCACCAAGUGUUGAUAUUAAUUAUGGCCAUCUGGGGGGCGCAAGCAUGCUCCGAUUCAGAGAGCUGCCCGACACUGCCGCCCAAUUCCACCUCCAAGGAUUACUGCUACUCAGCCCGAAUUCGCAGUACAGUGCUACAGGGUUUGCCCUUCGGUGGGGUGCCUACUGUUCUCGCCCUUGACUUUAUGUGCUUUUUGGGCCUGCUGGUUGUGUUCUCCUUCUUGAGAAAAGUAGCAUGGGACUAUGGGCGCCUCGCUCUGGUGACUGACGCUGACAGAAGAGUGGAUCAACGGUACAGUCGCCUGGAUGAUCGGGAAUAUGUGGCAUCUGCCAUGACGUCAGAAACACCUGAACGCUAUGAGCGCCUCACCUCAGUUUCCAGCUCAGUGGACAUUGAACAGAGAGACACAGGCUUCUGCUCCUGGUUAACUGCCAUCUUCCGCAUCAAGGAUGAAGAGAUAAGGGAGAAGUGUGGUGAGGAUGCAGUGCACUACUUGUCCUUUCAGCGCCACAUCAUUGGGCUGUUGGUAGUGGUGGGCGUACUCUCCGUUGGCAUCAUCUUGCCCGUCAACUUCUCUGGAAAUCUACUUGAAAACAAUGCCUAUAGUUUUGGGCGAACCACUAUAGCAAAUCUGAAUGCAGAUAAUGCACUACUGUGGCUGCACACUACCUUUGCGUUCCUCUACCUGUUACUGACAGUGUACAGCAUGAGAAGACACACCUCCAAGAUGCACUACAGAGAGGAUGACCUGGUGAAACGCACUUUAUUUGUCAACGGAAUCUCCAAAUACGCAGAGGAGACGGACAUAAAGCAACACUUUGAGCAGGCGUAUGAAAACUGCGUUGUACUGGAAGCUCGUAUCUGUUACAAUGUGGCCAGGCUGAUGUAUCUUAACUCUGAAAGGAAGAAGGCAGAGCGAAACAAGAAAUUCUUCCUCGACAUGCAGGCCAAGGAGCAUAUCCCCACCAUGAUAAACCCAAAGCCCUGUGGACACCUAUGCUGUUGCAUCAUCAAAGGCUGUGAGCAGGAAGAGGCGGUGAGCUACUAUGCUAAGCUGGAGGCACAGCUAAAAGACGACUACAGGAAGGAGAGAGAGAAGGUUAACAGGAAGCCUUUAGGAAUGGCCUUUGUCACCUUUCAGAAUGAGUCCAUAACUGCUAUAAUCUUGAAGGACUUCAAUGCUUGCAAGUGUCAGGGCUGUCAUUGUCGCCGGGAGCCCAAGUGCUCUCAAUUCAGCGCCAAGCUUCACACACAGAACUGGGCCGUCAGCUAUGCCCCUGAUCCACAAAAUGUCUACUGGGAGCAUCUGUCACUGGGAGGAUUCUCCUGGUGGAUCCGCUGCUUGAUCAUCAACUGUGUCCUCUUCCUCCUCCUCUUCUUCCUCACCACCCCAGCCAUCAUUAUCUCCACCAUGGAUAAGUUCAAUGUUACCAAACCAGUGGAGUACCUAAAUAAUCCAAUCAUCACCCAGUUCUUCCCCACUCUCCUCCUUUGGUCUUUCUCCGCCUUACUUCCUACCAUUGUCUACUACUCUGCCUUCUUCGAAGCCCACUGGACCAGGUCAGGAGAAAACAGAACUACGAUGCAUAAAUGCUACACUUUCUUAAUAUUCAUGGUUCUGUUGCUGCCCUCCCUAGGACUCAGCAGUUUGGAUGUUUUCUUCCGUUGGCUUUUUGACAAAAGAUUCUUGGCAGAUGCGAAAGUGAGAUUUGAGUGCGUGUUCCUUCCUGACAAUGGAGCCUUUUUUGUGAACUACGUCAUUGCAUCUGCGUUCAUCGGUAAUGCCAUGGACCUGCUGAGGAUCCCGGGUCUACUUAUGUACAUGAUUCGCCUUUGCCUGGCUCGCUCCGCAGCUGAGCGGAGGAACGUCAAGAGGCACCAAGCGUAUGAGUUCCAGUUUGGAGCAGCUUAUGCCUGGAUGAUGUGUGUGUUCACUGUUGUUAUGACUUACAGCAUCACCUGCCCAAUCAUCGUCCCUUUCGGGCUAAUGUACAUGCUACUGAAACACCUAGCAGACAGGUACAACAUGUACUAUGCCUACCUGCCAACCAAACUGGACAAAAAGAUCCAUUCUGGAGCUGUUAACCAAGUGGUGGCUGCUCCUAUUCUCUGUCUCUUUUGGCUUCUUUUCUUCUCCACGAUGCGCUCUGGGUUUUCCGCUGCAACAUCCAUGUUCACGUUCGUAGUUUUGAUCAUCACAAUCAUUGUCUGCCUCUCUCACGUCUGCUUCGGACACUUUAAAUAUCUCAGUGCUCACAACUACAAGAUUGACACUCAGGAUGUGGACGGGUUGGAGAAUGGGCGUCCAGUGUGCGCUAUUGCCUCCAGCAAGGCAGCACAGAUGUAUAUUGCUCAGGUACUUCAAGACCCAAAUUCGGAGGAGGCUGGCUCAGGUAGCGGCGAGGAUGACGGCCAGGGGUCCUCGCAGGACGAGGAAAUAAUCAAUGUGGAAAAUGGCCUGAAUGAGGACUUCCAGUCUGGUGAGGACAGUCUCAUUGAUAAUGAAGUGCGACACUGACUGCCUGAAACAGAAAAACAUCCCCUAAGUUUAACUUGAGGAGUGCACUGAAUAUGUGAAUUAAACUAGGAACUGGACCAACAGUUCUCCAAAGUAUCUCAACCUCCAUCGAGGGACUUUACACUAACAAAAGCACACUUUCUACUAAGGAUGAAAUGGAUUCUAGCUCAAGGACUCUUGCAUUUCCUUCACUGGGUCUCAUCAAAGCCACAUCUUCUGUAAACCUGCAGAGGGAAUCUACUCCGACAGUGCAAGGGCAGCGACAUCCCCUGGUAUUGCCGAGGCACACCCCAAACACUGCAAAUGGACCCAAUGAAAGAAAGACACUAAUGCACAAAUGAAGAAUUUUUUGCCUUGUCUUGUAAGGGGAGUGAUAUUCUGUCUGUAUUUCUUUUAACAUUAUUGCACUUGAAAGAGAGGCCCUGUCCUAUAAGCUCGAGUUUCACUAAGGUACUGUAGUACGGCAUGCCUUCAAGUUCAAAGGGUGGAGGGAUUUUCCCAUAAUCCUUUGCCAGUAUCCCUAAUUGUCUGCACUAGAUACUUUCACUGAAUAAGCAGCUUAUGAGAGACGAGCGCUUUCCACACCAGCAGAUAACAUGUCUGUGCAGAUGUGUUGGUCCCAAAAUGGUUCUUCUAAUCCUGUAAAAGCCUUUUAAAAGAAAGACAAAAAAUAUUGCUACUAACACUCCUGGACCCUUUGACACUGUACAGCUACAAAACUCUGGAUUUAUGAAAUAGUCUCUUUUGACAUGGUAUUUAUUUGUAGGCAUGGGAUUUUUAAAUGCUAUCAAGCUUGACACACCCCCAAACUGUGGAAGAAGAUAAUUCAUAUCUUGGCACACUACAUUGAUAAAGGCGUUCAGCCUCUGAGCCUUUUUUGGGACUGCUGUUGGACUGCUGCUACUGAUGCUGCCCCUGGUUGGGGGAAUUCCUUGCACGGUGACCACAAGAGGGCUGGAGGCCAAGUGCCUGCUGGUUCCUUUUGUGUUGCUCAGAGGAUAGAGAGAAAGGCCCUCUUGGUUUUUCUGGGUCGGUUUCAUAUGAUACUCAUUGUGACUGGUUCUCUUUUAUCUGUUGUUUUCAUUUGUAUCUUUUUGUCCAUAUGUUUACAGUACAUCUUUAUGUACAGAUUUUGAAAUUAGCAUUCAGUUAUAGGUGGCUACUGAUAGUUUUAUGAAUGAGGUAAUCUAUGUUCUAUCACUCAGCGCUCAGUCUGGUCCUCUUCAGUGUUUAUGUAAAAACUUCAUCAUGUAGGUAGCAUAUUGUAAGUUCCAGUUGUCAUUGUUACAGUCUCCUAUUUGCCAGAACUCAGUGCCGAGUUGUAGAUUAACUCAAAUUUCGCAAUUUUGGUGAUAACAUAUCAAAUCUUAGGCAGGCUGCGCAAGAGAGUUAAGCAGUUACACCAGUGGAUGAGAUCCAGAUCCAUUAAUUGUCACACACAUUUUCAAACCAUAGCUUGAAACACAACUGAAGAUAUAUUCAUUGUGUCGCUUCUUGAGUUGUUAUGAAGUAAUCAGAUAUUCCUUACAAUUGCACAUUCCACUUGCAGAUCCAGUUACCUGCUUUGUAAGGCUUCUGCCAGAGAAAUGGUGAUGUUGUCAUUCAUAUACUGAACACAGUGGACAUACUGUGCAACACUAACUCCAAGCUUGAUCGUAAACACACGGAUUAAAUGUCAAAUAUAGUCCCAACCUGCCUCAGUCAAAUGAAGCAGCUUCUUUUGGGGUUUCAGGAACACAAAAAUACAUCAGUCACAAAUGCAUACACCAAGUACUGUAACAAAUUAAAAAUGUGAAACUCAGUGCCCACACAGUUUUGAUCUUACUUAGGAUUUAUCAAGCUUCUUGUUUCUAUAAUUUCAUUUCUUCCUUAGUCAAGAUGACACUAUGAUUUGCCCCAUUGAACAUAAUAAGAUUGUUGGUAAAGGCAAAGUGCUGCAGACAAAGUACCACUACAGUCUGUCACUAUGGACCAGUUAUUAUUAUUGGACCAUAACAUGAAAAAUGUAUUAUCCAGCUGCUCAGAGAACCAUGGUGGGAAAUGUGCACUAAUAUCUUACUUUCACUUAUAUGACUGACAGAGAAGAGUGCGCCCGCUGUGGGUGUGAUGACAACGAUGGUGAGCCUAAACUGUUUCCAUAAUUUGUCCAUUGGUACAUCACCACCACAUAUGGGUAUAUUAUUAUGGUACUAACUAAGAAAUGUUUGACACCAUUGAGUCUGGUGCUCUUCUAGUCAUGAUAAGGUGGAUUUUAUUUUUUAUACCUCUUCAUUUUUAUACCUCUGAGAUGUCUUCAAAUCUCUGAAUGUGUCCUGUCAAAAUAACAUACUAUACUGUCCAGGUCUGAGGGAGAUACUUAAGAAUCUCAACAUGUCUAACAACGGUUUUUAAAUGCUGAAUGUAGGUUAACUCCACAACUUUUGGUAAGAUAUAAGUGGCUAAAGUAAAAGUGUGAUAGCUGUAUUCAAACAGCUUUAUAAGGACGGUUCACUAGCUAACUAGAAACUGACAGUUUUAUAAUAAACUUACUGGUGUCCAGUCCUGUGUCAAGGCAUUUCAUUUGAAUACAGAUCUACAUUUGUCAGUCUGAUGGCUGCAAUGAUUUCCAGUAGUCUUUAGUUAGUUGUUAGUCUAGCAUCAGUGCAUUAAAUCAUCCUCGUGAUGAAUCAUUUUCUUUUAGAUUGUCUUCAUGAGAUCUGUAUAGACAGUGGGACUCACUGGAAAUAAAUGUUUUUGUUGUUUUUUGGAAACAACCAAUCACUCUCUAAUAGAAGUUCUCAGCUUGUUUCUACGAUGUAGUAAAAUGUCUCUGCGUCUCAAAACUGUGGACAUAGAAUGUGUUUUUUUUUUUUGUGCUUUGCCUUUUUUAGUUUUACAUUUUGCUAUAUAGGAGGAGUAACAAUAGCACAUCUCAGCAUUUGACAGCCUCAUUUCAUCAUUCUUUCCAAAGGGCCAUCUGUACAACAGAUAUAUACUGUAUAUAUCUGUACUCUUCCCAUGCUCUUUGAACAAUAAAUCUGUAUUUAAUCAA